AUGCCAUUAAGAGCCAAGAUAUUAGACCCUCGACGGACGAUACGGGCACAAAUGUCUACGGAGUUUACAGGUAGUACGGGUUAUUCUGAUAGAGAUUUCCCGGAUGCUGCAAAAGUUCCUAAGGAACUAGAUACGGAUGAUCCCCGUGAUGUACUCUUCAACAAUCUAUAUGGUCUGCGGACCAUCGAACUUAACCGACCAGAGAAGUUAAAUGCUCUCGAUGGCUCGAUGAUUCGAAAGAUCUUUCCACGAUUAGUCGAAUGGGAGAAAUCAGAUUUAGCAAACGUGAUUGUCGUUAAAGGUGCCGGCGGGGCAUUUUGCUCAGGAGGUGAUGUGGCUGCGCUCGCGACACAGAAUAAAGAGGGCCCAGAAGGCCAGCGCAAGUCAAUGGAGUACUUCUCUCUAGAAUACCAGCUGGACCACUAUAUUGCAACAUAUCGAAAGCCGUAUAUCGCAUUCAUGGAUGGAUAUACUAUGGGUGGAGGUGUUGGACUUAGUGUCCACGCUCCGUUCCGUAUUGCCACCGAGAGAACGGUUUUCGCCAUGCCAGAGACCAAAAUAGGCUUCUUCCCCGAUGUCGGGGCCUCAUUCUUCCUACCUAGAAUGCCAGGCUCUGUAGGCACUUACCUAGCACUUACAAGCAGUCGCUUACACGGAGCAAACGUGUUCUAUUCAGGUCUUGCGACACACUACUUACACUCGACGAGUUUGCCUAGUUUAGAAUCGCGUCUGGCUGAAUUGCGAUUCAGGGAUUAUGACAGUUUAGAAGACCGCCUAGCUAUCAUCGAAAUGACCAUCGAAGAGUAUGCUACAGGUCUCCCUCACGACGUUCCUAUCCUACUGCGCGGAGAACUCCGGAAAGCCAUUGACCGGUGUUUCAGCAAAGACACCGUUGAGGAUAUUAUAAAUGCCUUGAAGCAAGAGCAGGGAUCUACCAAGUCAUGGGCAGAGUCAACACUAGAAACCCUGCAUCAACGAUCACCGACUUCAGUUCACGUGGCCCUCAAACAAAUGCGUGUAGGACGUAGGUGGUCCAUCGCAGAGACGUUCCAGAAAGAACAUCAAAUAGCCGCCAAGUUUAUGAAGUACCCUGACUUCAACGAAGGCGUCACAGCAUUACUAAUUUCAGAGGAGCGGCCUCGGCCUACUCCGAAGUGGCAACCGGCUACAUUAGAGGACAUCCAGCCUGAGAGCAACAUCACCGAUCCGUUCUUCUCCCUGUCCCGUGACCUACCAGCGUUGGAUUUACUGGUCGAUAGGGACUAUAACGAAUAUCCAUACCAGUCCUUCGGCGUACCUACAGAGCUAGAUGUCGAAACGGUCGUUACGCAGAACGGGUUGUCUCGUUACGCCGUCCGCGAAGAGCUUGUUCGAAAGAAGAAGGGUAGGCAAGGCAUCGGCGCUAUUGUGGAUGAGAUCUUGGCUAGGAAAACCAUCGUAAAUGACGAUGGCAAGGCUGAAUGGGUUGACGAGUGA